CAGAUGAAGUGAAAGAUCGUUCACUUGAUCACAAGUUUAGUGAAAAAGGAAGAAGAAGAAGAAGAUAGAGAGAGAAAGAAGGAAUUCAUCAGAUCGAUACUCCGUUCUUGCUGCAUCUGUACAUUUUCUCAGUUCAGCUCAUUCUUCCGAACAUAAAUAUUUAAUUUUCUUUUUAAUCAGUCAAUUUCAACAACUGUUCAAACAAUUUCUUCAUAAUGCACCGAUUCUCCCUCGAUUUUCUUCGGAGAUUAGUCCAGGAAAUUAUGUGCUUGGAAAGUCUCCACUGCCAAUUCAGAGAGAGUUGUAUAGAAGCUGAAAAGAAUUAGCAUCCUUGAUCCCCAAUGGACAAAUAUAUGGCAUCUUCCACUCUAGGAAAUGGUGGAGCUGGUAGUUCUAGGACCGCUAAUGGCUCCAAAGGAUCAUCCAGUUCAGUUGACAGGCUUGGAAGAGAGAUGCUUGAAAUGAAAUUGAGGGACAAAGUAGACCAAGAGGAUGACAAGGAUAGUGAACCUGAUAUAAUUGAUGGGGUGGGUGCUGAGGCUGGACAUGUUAUAAGGACGAUGAUAGGUGGCCAUAGUGGACAGGCUGUCAGCUUUAUUGCAGAACAUGUGGUUGGAACUGGUUCUUUUGGCACAGUUUUCCAAGCAAAAUGUAGGGAGACUGGAGAGAUUGUUGCCAUUAAGAAGGUUCUCCAAGACAAACGCUACAAGAAUAGAGAGUUGCAAAUAAUGCAAAUGCUGGACCAUCCUAAUGUUGUUGCUCUUAAGCAUUGUUUCUUUUCAACAAAGGAUAAAGAAGAGCUAUACCUCAAUCUUGUACUUGAAUAUGUUCCUGAAACUGUUAGCAGAGUUGCAAGGCAGUACAGCAGGAUGCAUCAGCGGAUGCCGUUAAUUUUUGUCAAACUAUAUACCUACCAGAUAUGCCGAGCGCUUGCUUAUAUCCAUAAUUGUAUUGGAAUUUGUCACCGUGACAUCAAACCUCAUAAUAUACUAGUGAAUCCACACACACAACAGCUGAAAAUUUGUGAUUUUGGAAGCGCAAAAGUUCUGGUAAAAGGAGAACCCAAUAUUUCCUACAUAUGUUCAAGGUACUACAGAGCCCCGGAACUCAUUUUUGGUGCUACUGAGUAUACAACUGCUAUAGAUAUAUGGUCUACAGGUUGCGUGAUGGCUGAACUAAUUCUUGGGAAGCCCUUAUUUCCUGGAGAAAGUGGGGUAGAUCAACUAGUUGAGAUAAUCAAGGUUUUGGGAACACCCACUAGAGAAGAGAUAAAAUGCAUGAACCCAAAUUAUACUGAGUUCAAGUUUCCACAGAUCAAGGCUCAUCCAUGGCACAAGGUUUUCCAAAAACGUUUACCUCCAGAGGCUGUGGAUCUAGUCUGCAGGUUUUUCCAGUACUCCCCAAAUUUAAGAUGUACUGCUCUUGAAGCUUGUGUACAUCCUUUCUUUGAUGAACUCAGAGAUCCCAAUACUCGUCUUCCUAAUGGCCGCCCUCUUCCUCCUCUCUUUAAUUUUAAAUCGCAAGAACUUUCGAAGAUUCCACCUGAUAUUCUGAAUCGGUUGAUUCCAGAACAUGCGAGGAAGCAAAACCCAUUUAUGGCUCAGCACACCUGAAAUACUUAUUUGGUACUUCUCUACUGCUUUGUGUCUUGUCCAUUUUGGGUGCUAGAUGCAGUUUCAUUCCCUAUGCUUGUAAAGUUCAUGUCUCUUAUAAACUGUCUAUCUAUAUCUCUAUUAUGUAUCAUCACCAUCUUCCUCUGGAUUUCCUAUGAAGUUCCAAAAUCAUGUCCUUCAAUAGUUUGGACUUUGGAGUGUACCCCAGGUAUUGGAAGCAUCUUAUAAAAAUGUUGCAUGUUCAUAGUAUAUUAUGUUACUUGUAUUUGGCUCUUCCUGGUUAAAGAUGAUGUGUUUUUCAGAGAGAAUUUGGUUUCUUUUGAAUAUUGCCUUGCUGAUGUUCAUGUCUUUAUUU